AGGAAACCGAGUGAAUCCGAGCAAUGCCAAGCCCAUCCCCAACGCCUACCAAUCAGCGACUCUCCACGCCAGCACUGCCUUACGAAUGCCGACGCCAUGGUAGGACACCAUUGAAGCUGGCGAGAUUUGGAGGCUCGGAUUCGGAGCGCAUUCUGUAUUUGAAGGCCAUGCUGGAACAUUGCUUGCGUGGUUCCUGAAUAUUUUCGGGCAGUGCGAUUACGCGUCUCGGGUUCGAUGGACAGUUUGAGAGUUGAAUGCGUGGAUGGAGAUGGAGGAUGAGGUGUAUAUAAGAGGGUUCUAGAGCGUGGAGGAUGAGGCGAUACAGCACACAGUUCAAUACAUCAUUCUUCUGCCUCAGUUAUUCAACCUGAAAUCUUUCAUCCAGCACUCUUUCCAGAAAGUUCCUAGUUACUCAACCAAUCCAAACCCGUCAGACAUCGUCGAGAUGGGGGAAAGCAUUUGGACCUACGACCCCAACUACCCGGUCAGCAUCGUGUUUGCAGUCUUCUACGCCAUCCCGAUGUUUGUCCAAGGUUACCAGACCUUCAUCAGAUACCGCAGCUACUACUUCUGGGUAGUUUUCGUUGGCGCCUUCCUGGAAGUAGGGGGCUAUGCCGCCCGCACCGUCGCCAUCAAGCACCUUGACCAAAUCCCCCCCUACGCUGUCCAAAGCUCCCUCGUAAUCAUAGCCCCUAUCUUCAUCGGCGCUGGCGACUACAUGCUCGUCUCCCGCCUGUGCCUCGCCGUUCUGCCCAGCCAUCUGACGCGGAUCUACGGAUUCUCGACACGCAAGCUGACGCGGAUUUUUAUCACCUGCGAUAUCAUCAGCUUACUCAUCCAGGUGUCGGGUUCGGGCAUUGCGUCGUCGGGGAACUGGGAGGGGAGCAAUGCGACGCUUGGUGAGAAUGUGUUGAUUGCGGGGCUAGCGACGCAGUUGGCGGCAUUUCUGUUCUUUGUGGGGAUCCUGAGGAGGUUCCAUCAGUUGGCGAAUACGGAGGGGAGAGCUGAUGCGCCGAGAGGAUGGCGGAAGGUGUUGUUGGCGGUGUAUGUGUCGUCAGGUUUGGUCAUCAUUCGCUGUAUUUAUCGCCUCAUUGAGUUCGCCCUGGGGAUUGACGGAUACCCAUUCGAGCACGAGUGGAUGUUCUAUGUCAUGGACUCGGCGCCGAUGCUCAUAGCAAUUAUCAUGUUCUGCAUCUACCACCCUGCAAGGUACUUGCCAAACCAGCCUUCGGAAAAGAUGACCGAUGAUACCCAGCUCGAGAGCCGCUUGGUGUCUAAAGUGUAG